ACAGCUAUUAGCUGUUUUUCCCCAUCUCUGAAAAGAAUUUAGGGCAUUUUGCGACAAGCAGAAAGAACGGAUCUUCGUUACUCAUCUUUUCUACUCUCCCUCCAUAAACCCUAGUGGAGGCAGAAAACCCAAAUCACCGAUUGUUUUCUUCCAUCGUCCUCUCGGAGGCAUCGAAAAUGGCGGAAUCAGGUAAGGCAGGGCACACGGGACCUAGCGGUGGGGGAGAGGAGAAGUCUCUGAAGGACAAAGGCAAUGAACUCUUCAAAGCCGGGAACUAUCUCAAAGCCGCUGCUCUCUACACUCAGGCCAUCAAACUCGAUCCUUCUAAUCCUGCUCUUUACAGUAACCGAGCAGCAGCGUUUCUGCAGUUAGUUAAGCUUAACAAAGCUCUAGCUGACGCUGAGACAACCAUCAAGCUGAACCCUCAAUGGGAGAAGGGGUACUUCAGGAAAGGUUGUGUACUGGAAGCCAUGGAAAAAUACGAAGACGCCUUGGCAGCGUUCCAGACGGCACUGCAGUACAAUCCACAGAGUGCAGAAGUUUCUAGAAAGAUCAAGAGGCUCGGACAGUUGCAGAAGGAGAAACAGAGAGCUCAAGAAGUGGAGACUUUGAGAUCAAAUAUCGACAUGGCCAAGCAUCUUGAUGAUUUGAAAUCGGAGAUGUCUGAAAAGUAUGGAACUGAAGCAUGUUGGGAAGAGAUGUUCUCUUUUCUUGUUUCGACCAUGGAAGCAGCAGUGAAAUCAUGGCACGAGACUUCUAAAGUUGACCCGAGGGUCUUCUUCCUUCUCGACAAAGAGAAAACACAAACUGAUAAGUAUGCACCAGCAGUCAACAUCGACAAGGCUUUUGAAUCGCCACACACACACGGCAAUUGCUUUGCAUUCCUCAGGCAAUACUCAGAGGAAUCAUUCUCUAAAGCUGCUUGCUUGAUAACACCAAAGAGUAUUAUAUCCUACCCACAGGUGUGGAAAGGACAAGGUUCGAGGAAAUGGAAACUCGGGCAGAACGACGGGUUCUUUGUUCAGUUCGAGUCUCCAUCUGUUCGAAAACUCUGGUUCAUCCCAAGCUCUAAAGAAAAGGGCCAAACUUUGUGCAGGGACCCUCAAACUCUGGAUAUCAGUGCACACGAGAUUCUUCCUCGCAUUUUCAAGGAGACGCCAAACAACUCGUAGAAUUGGUCAAGCUGCCUCUUUUUUUUUUUCAUUUUUGGCACGGCUGGACAAUUUGUUUGUGGGUUUUUUUUUUGGGUGUUAUGUCAUCUCUUUCAUGAACAAACACAUAAUAGUGAAGAAGAAAACAAGAAUCUCAUUGGGUUUUGUUGUAUUUGGCAUUGCAUGUGAAUGUGAAUGGAAAGCUGUAAUCUUUAGGGGGAGGGGGGGCAGCCAACCAUCCUUUAGUUGGGGAUUAGUGCACCCUUCGGCUUCAAAACAUUUUCUUUAUCUAUAUUUGAUCAGUGUU